AAGCGUGACGUAAUUCGGUCAACUUCCUGUUUAUCACAAGUUGUGUGCAACUCGGAGCUCUGGGCUGUCCCACAGGAGCUGUCGGUCACAUUAACGCCUGUCGGGUUACGUUCCUCCCUCUGGGGGCAAUUUGGUUCGAUUCUGGUCGCCGUGGUGGGACUUUUUAGGGAGGUAUGGGGACGGAGCACCGUGCCAGCUGAAGCGGGCCCACAACGAUCCCGAAGAUUUCCUGAUUUCAGCUCACCUGAGUUCAGAAAACAGCUCCGGAGGAACGGCUCGAACUGGCGGUCCGGUUCUUCUCCAGAAAUACAAACCAAAGCAAGCAGAAAAGCCAGCACCGGUGUGGAGAAGCGGUGAAUGAUUUCAGUGAAUAUCACUCGCCUUAUGCGGGACCUGAGCUAGCUCGGUAGCCCACCGCGGUACCACCGGCAGGUCGCUGUUGCUCCUUCCGGGGCACCGGCAGCCAGCAGCCCGCCAGCGGCGUGUGUUUUCGUGGGGUGGAGCUGCUCGCCGCUGCCGUGAAUUCAGGGCGACCUCCCGGCUCUGGCCCCCUCAAGCGGGCAGUCAGGAAAAAGCUCGCCGGGAAGGGAUGGCCUGGUCGGUCUCCCCGUUCCAAAGGACACGGUUCUGCGGUGUUUGAAGGAGGACGAGUGCGGCUGGAGGCUGCCACCAGGGCUCAAGACACCAUGAUGGCCGCCUCCCCCUCCGCGGCCCGCGGCUUCACGGUCCCGGGGCUGUCUGUCCGAAAGAGCCAGCACAUAGCGGACCUGAUAGAUCUGUUCUCCAAGACCCAGUAUAGAGCAAAGGAAGUCACUCCUCGGGUGGAGAUGAUAGAGAAGCGAUGCCUGGAACUUUUUGCCAGAGAUUACAAGUACAGCAUCAUCUAUAAUUCUAACGGAGAAGUCUGCGGCCACUACCCCCGUCAGAUAGUUUUCCUUGAGUACGAGUCUCCAGAAGUGGACAGAGACAGGUUUGAGAGCACUGUGCAGAUCACCAAGCUGCAGGACCUAGUGAACCGAAGCAAAAUGGCUCGCUGCAGAGGGAGAUUCGUAUGUCCUGUCAUCCUUUAUAAUGGCAAGCACAUCUGCCGGUCAGCCACUCUGGCAGGUUGGGGGGAGCUGUAUGGACGUACAGGCUACAACUACAUCUUCUCAGGGGGCAGUGAUGACACCUGGACAGAGCCGGAGGAGGUUCCAGAGGAUGACAGUGCAGUCAGGAACGGGGACUCCCAACUCUUUGACAAAGUGCGCGGUCACGACAUUAAACUGCUUCGCUAUCUCUCAGUACGCUACAUCUGUGACCUGAUGGUGGAGAACAAGAAGGUUAAGUUUGGCCUAAAUGUGACGUCAUCUGAGAAGGUGGACAAGGCCCAGCGUUAUGCAGAUUUCACCUUGCUCUCCGUGCCUUACCCGGGCUGUGAGUUUUUUAAGGACUACAAAGACAGAGACUACACAGCUGAGGGUCUGGUGUUUAACUGGAAUCAGGACCAUGUGGAUGCUCCUCUGACAAUCCCUGUACGCUUUACUCAGAACCUGAACAUUGACUGGAGUCAGUAUCAGUCGUGGGACCUGGUGGAGCAGACCCAGAACUACCUGAAGCUGCUUCUCCACAUCAUCAAUAACGAUGAUGACAGCGGGCUUCUGGUGCACUGCAUCUCAGGGUGGGACCGAACACCUCUGUUUGUUUCUCUCCUCAGACUCUCCCUGUGGGCAGACGGUGCAGUGCACGCCAGCCUGGAGCCUGCUGAGAUUCUAUAUCUGACCAUUGCUUAUGACUGGUUUCUCUUUGGUCACAUGCUGCCAGAUCGACUCUCCAAAGGGGAAGAGAUUUUCUUCUUUUGCUUCAAUUUUUUGAAGCAUAUUGUCUCAGAGAAGUUUUCUGCUGUUAGAAAACAGAGAAGGAAAAACUCCCACUUCAAAGACAGUGAGUUCACUGUGGAGGACCUCUGCCAGCUGAGGUCCAGAGAUCGUGGCAGUAUAACCAGUCUGAGCAGCGACUUUUCCCUCAUCACUGAAGAGGUAGCUGGUGCCUCCUGCCCCGGUGCUGACACUGUUGACCUGUUCUCCAACCAACCCCAGGCCUCCAACUGGAGGAAAGUUCCCACCUCUUCUCCUCCAAUGGUCGUUUGGUGUAAACAGAACCCUUUGGAAGAACAUCUCUCCCAUCCAGUUAACGAGGCCAAGUCUUCCAGUUCCUCCUCCUCCAACCAAUCAGAUCAUGGUGUCUUACGCUCUGGCAGCAGUCCAUUGGCUGUCCCCAGCAGAGGGUUAGCUGCAGAGUACUCCAGAUCAGGCUCCUCCCUGUCCACAGAGUACGGAAGCUGGCAGAUAGUGUCCGGUUGUGGCAGCAUCCACGACCACGGCCACUUUUCUGAACCGAUGGCCUCAGUUUCCUCCAACUCGUCUGCUAUCACCUCUGCAUACGAUUCCCCACUGCCCUUCAGUUUCCAGGACGAAGGGCCCAGUGGGCGGAUGUGCUCCGUCCCCUCGCAGCGUCAGGCUCGACUGGAGGCUGUUCGGGAGAUCUUCCUCGCAGCCUACAGCUCCACUGUGGGCCUCAGGUCCUCGGCCCCCAGCCCUUCCGGCGCCAUCUCCGGCCUGUUAGAGCAGUUUGCCCGUGGGGUUGGCCUUCGUGGCAGCAAUGCCAUCGUUUGAACUUCCAUGUUUCACCUUAUCUGGGGCCAGAUGCAUAAAAUAGUUUCAUGAUCUAAAUGGUUGUCGACACACAAAUCAAGUAAACAUGUUCAUGCUCUGUUAUCUCCCACAAACUACACGUUUCAUGAAGUUGUACACACGUAUAAAUCUUUUUUUUUAAUAUAUAUAUAUUUUACAUAUAAACCUUAUCUGCACUGCAGGUGUAGACGAGCUCCACAACUACACAGAAGGCAAAUUUUCAAGAACGUAAAUGAAAUGAAUCGUGGGUUUCUGCAAGGUUUUCAGGAGUCACUGUGUUCCCUGGCAGCGGGAACAGCCUCAGUCUGGAGAAUGGCAGAUGAGUGUUGACUAGAGGGUGCGCUACACAGUAAAUCAGAAUAUUAUGUAAAUAAAACUCCAAUCUCAAAAAUGUCCUAGUGGUUCAGACAAAGGCUGUUUUUUUUAAACCACCAAUUAUGUUCCCAAAAAAAGAAUCUUUACUCUUAAAACCAAGAACCUGUUGUGAUAUUUGCUGCAUGUGAAACUGUUACCAAACAGAACCGGUUCAUUGUACUCAGCCUGAGGAACUUUCAGGUUACAAAGGGAGACAAAGUAAAAGACAGUGAAGUAGUUUUUGCUUGAACCACUAUAAAGCUUUUGAUGUUUGAACUUAUUACCUUUUCAUCAGAUUGUGUCUCUAGGUUGUUGUUCUUCAUAAGUAAGGGUCCAUUUGGUGCCUGUGUCACAUAGUUGGAAUAUUCUUGGUAUUGGACUGCAUGGUCUCCACUCUAAAUCACUGUGGGGUCUAUAUGAAUAACAGUCUAAUACUAAAAUAAAGCAGAGUAAAUGCACAUAAAAUUGCAUUUGCUUUAGCUGUGAGAGAGAUCACAUUAACAACUGAUCCUAGUAUCAAUGAACAUUCACUUCUCUAGUCAUAUCCUAUGUUUCUCCAGAUACCAGCCAAAGGUGUCUGCAGAUGAUGCAGCACAGAGCCCCACUCGGAAAAUCUGAGCCAUCCUUGUCAGUAUUCUUUGGCUCAGUUCAGGAACCCGAAAGAAAACGUUGAGUGGGAAAAGUGGACUGAGACCACCAGCCCUGUAACUCAGAGCUCCUGACUACAGCCGACCAUAUCAGAGUUUUUGCUUUUCCAUUUGAUCAUGAUAGCUCUAAAACGGUGUUUCCACAUCAUGCCUGCCUGACGAUGGCCUGAAAACAUUGUUAUGCAUCUGACCUCCAGAAGUCAGCUCAACAUGAUGCCAAACGUCUGCUCCCUGCAGAGAUGGAGCAUGAACCUUAUUUUGUUCUGUUGGAGGUCAUUUGUCUGUAUUUUAUUUCCAUCCUGGAGACUUUUAUUUCUUACACUCAGGGAGACAAUGAGUUUCUUCCAUGGUGACUAAAAGGGACAGUGAGAAAUGUAAAUGAGCAAGACGAGCCUUUUAAUAUUUUGCUUAAUUUAGUUAGAGUUCUGUCUGCAGAAUGGUUUGGCUUAUCUUCUUUUAUGCUGCUAUUGUUUAUUGAGCCAGCGCAGAGGGGGUGCUUUAUUUCAGGUGGCUGGUGAAGGCCAGAUUAAAAAAACAGCACUUAAAGGAUUCUAAUAGAUUGCUCAAAGUUUUUUGUCUUUGCUGCAUUAUAUCACAACCAAGUUUGGCAGAUUUCACUCUGUCUACGUAGAAAAGGUGAAGGUAGAGAACACUCAGAUUGUCUAAAAUCCCAGAGCUAAGAAGAACUUCAGCAGGUCCAGUAAAGUCGCUCUGGGUGGGUUGUUGGUAGGAUGGAAGUUUUGUUCUGAGCUUCUGAAUUAGAGCUUUACCAUAGGCUGAAGAGAGAUGUAACGGCUCAUGAGACUGCAGCUUCAGACUUGUCUGUCUCCUCUGCAUUUCAGCAAGUGUGCUUUUCCAGCAUUUCCUAGCAAAAACAGCGGUGUCCAACACCAUCCAUAUAUGUUCAAAGUCUAAAGUUAGAGGAGCAUAAAUUAUCUUUGGGAUUGGAAUCGGUGAUCCUGUUUGACUUUUCUAUCAGCUGUUUGUUGUGCUUGGGGAAAGGCUCCAGGUCAGUUUGGCCCUUUGUCAGUGCGUGCCUCCAUUCCAUUUCAUUACAUCCCCGUCCACUUCCUACCAUAAAUAAUCCAGAAUUCACCCAUCAAUGCUUACCAGUUCAUUUGGACCAGCUGAUUUAAGAAACAUGAUAGGUUGUGACAUCUGAUCAAACCCAAAGGAUUCAAAGCAACCAUAAACUGGUAGAGAUUAUUUACUAAGUUGAUAAAACCGCAUUUACUUCCUGUACACUUUGACUACAUCACAGAAAAGGACUUAAAAAUGUUGGCUGUCAAAGCAAGUGUAACUUGAUGCAGGUUGGUCCAAAAAAUCCUGUAGCACCUGGCUUCAUUGAUAAAGUUGAGUCCAAAACAAGUUAAGCUACCAAGGUAUGAAAUGGUAAAGGGGUGAUUUGACUGUCGUGAGCGACGGAUGUGGGCAGAAACUGAGUCACUGUGUUCUGAUGGUUACUGGUUGGCUGGUUCUAGUGUCAUUCUAUUAUAAACAGCUGUGGACAUGGUUUGAAAUCCUGCCAUGUAUACUCAUGACAGAGCGUGUCUGAAGAGGAUUGUUGGUUCUUUCCGACCACGGCUCUGGUGUUUUGCUUACUGAAACAUGGAAGCUUCUCUUGUGGAUUCUUGAAACCAACCUUGGUGUGGAAUUAGUUUGAAUUUAUAUGCAAAAAUAGGUGGGUUCUGCUGCUGAGUUUCACGUGUGAACAGGACAAGACUAGCUGAAUACCAGCUGCCAUAGUGGAACUUGGAGCCAAGCAGCUUGUCAUUAUGGGGUAGUCACUAGAACAUUAAAUAAUGUAGAAAAUCAAAAGGGCUUAUUUUAAAGUCAGCUCAAUUCUAAAUAGCUUUGAUGAUAGGAUAAUAUGGUGAUUUAUGGAAAAAUUUGAGCCCAGUUUUGUUGUCAGACUGGUGGAGCUUCAAAUAAACUCACUGAAAAACUUCUAAACACCCAGAAUGAGUUGUCCAAGGUGGAGCACCCCUGGUUGUUUGGCUAUAGGUCUGUAACUGACCCAUUCCACAAGCAGCUGGAGCAUCAAGAAUGGGCACAAGUGGUGGCAUCAGAACUGGAGCACCAACCCAGUUCUGAUGUCUCCAUUAUUAAGCAACUAUUGGUUGCUUAAUAAUGGUUGGUCAGUUCAGCCUUUUUUUUUUUUUUUGAGGUAAUGGUCGACUUUCAGCCUAGAUAGACUGGCAGUCACCUAGUCUUAAAAACAUAAAACCAACACCAUUCUUGUAUUACAACAUGACAACUGAUUUGUAAUAUUCUCUUUGGUUUGUUGUUGAUUUUCUCCAUAAAAUGAAUUAGAUGUCUGAAGGGACUUUAUUGGGGGCCUUAUCACAAUCUCAAUAAAGUGGUAAUCCUGGUAACCUCUAGUGGGUUAUAUUACAUACCUAUCUUCAUGGGCCUAGAUCAUUGCUCAGUGACAGUCUGGAGCAUAAUGGAGUGGUUGAAUCAUGAAUCCAAAGGCCUUAUUUUAUUGUAGGCUGUUGGUUGGACUCCCUUAGGGUCUACCUGAAUCCUUUCAGAGCUCAUGGUUCAGCCCAUAAUGUUUCCAAACACUGUGCCUUCCUUCAGGCCACAAUCGGCGGACAUUUCUUCACGGGCUGCUCCGUGGUGGUCUAUUUUUUUGACUGUUAUUUUCUUUCUGGUUAAUAUGUGUUGGUCAACGUUGGCACACGGUUUGGAUGGCUGAUAUACCUCAGGACUUUUUGUUGUGCCUUCUAUUUAUCCUCAGCAACAUUUCCAUGACAUCUUUGCUCCUUCAGACAUGUUUGUUUUGCGAACUUCCUUUGCACUGUUUUCAUGUUUGCCGAGUCUUCCAGCCGUUCCUGAUGAUGCAGGAAGAGGUUAUUUCAGUUCUGCCUUUGAGAUCAGUUUGGCAGAGAAACACUUAUUUUAUGGAGAAAUCCUAUUAGGCAAAAUCAGCUUAUUCAGUGGUAUAAGUAUAUUGCCCUGUGUUCAUGUCUGCUGAAUCCAACAGACCAGGAAUCUGCUCCAUGUAAGGUGCUUCACAAAUCUGUUAAUUCAGGGGUCUGCUAGAGCAGUCUAUUAGCAAAUGAAAUGUUUAACAGAACAAUCAGUGUUCAGGUGUAUUGAAGUCAUGUCUCAGCGUUAGAUCACAUGUGUCUGUUUUUUUUUUUUUUUCUGUGAGGAGCUGCUCAAUCAAAUUCCUACCAUUUAUCACUUUUCUGGUGUCACUUUCAGUGCCUGCCAGUUGGUUGGAAGCAGCCUAUCACAGGACACCGACAAAAACCAAAACCCUCAGAAAUAUAAUUUUAAUCUCAGCCACUGUCCACUUUUAAAUGAUCUUGUUGCUGAUGCCUUAGCUGUCAGUUUUUCUUGACGUCUUUCCAGAUGGGUCACAUAAUUGUUUUAGAAUUCAUUUAACAGUAAAAUGCUGCUUUGCACUUUUUGUUCUCUGUAAAUAAAUUGUUGUUUCUUUGUGCAGAUGAUGAAUUUUAAAGCAGUCAGCCUGGUCUCUUUAGGUUGUAUAUUGCUUGUAAUUGUUGCCAGUUGACAGGUUAUGAUCAAAGGUGAACUGAGCAAUUCUCAAUAAACAAACCAGACAAAAGGA